CAGGUCGGCGGCGCCGCGGGAACCCGCCGACGGCGCGGGCUGCUGGUCCCCCGCGCGCAGGAGGCGCGGGCGGCCCUGGGGACCAUGGAGCCUGGUGACGCGGCGCGCCUCGGCCCGGGACGGGCGGCCCGGGCGCUGCCACCGCGGCUGCUGCUGCUGCCGUUGCUACCGCUGCUGCUGGGUCGGGGGCUGCGCGCCGCGGCCGCGGCCUCCUCUGGGGCGGCGGCCGAGGACAGCAGCGCCAUGGAGGAGCUCGCCACGGAGAAGGAGGCGGAGGAGAGCCACCGGCAAGACAGCGUGAGCCUGCUCACCUUCAUCCUGCUGCUCACGCUCACCAUCCUCACCAUCUGGCUUUUCAAGCACCGCCGGGUGCGCUUUCUGCACGAGACGGGGCUGGCCAUGAUCUACGGGCUCAUCGUUGGGGUGAUCCUGAGGUACGGCACCCCUGCCACCAGCGGUCAUGACAAGUCACUCAGCUGUACUCAGGAAGACAGGGCCUUCAGCACCUUAUUAGUGAAUGUCAGCGGGAAGUUCUUUGAAUACACCCUGAAAGGAGAAAUCAGCCCCGGCAAGAUCAACAGUGUAGAGCAGAAUGACAUGCUGAGGAAGGUAACGUUUGAUCCGGAGGUCUUUUUCAACAUCCUUCUGCCUCCAAUUAUUUUCCACGCUGGCUACAGUCUAAAGAAGAGACACUUUUUCAGAAAUCUUGGGUCUAUUCUGGCUUAUGCAUUCUUGGGGACUGCCGUUUCCUGCUUCAUUAUCGGAAACCUCAUGUACGGUGUGGUGAAGCUCAUGAAGAUUGUGGGGCAACUCUCGGAUAAAUUUUACUACACAGAUUGUCUCUUCUUUGGAGCGAUUAUCUCUGCCACUGACCCAGUGACUGUACUGGCAAUAUUUAACGAAUUGCACGCAGACGUGGAUCUUUACGCACUUCUGUUUGGGGAAAGCGUCCUAAAUGAUGCCGUUGCCAUUGUCCUGUCCUCGUCUAUUGUUGCCUACCAGCCAGCGGGGCUGAACACUCAUGCCUUUGAUGCUGCUGCCUUUUUUAAGUCAGUGGGCAUUUUUCUAGGUAUAUUUAGUGGCUCUUUCACCAUGGGAGCUGUGACGGGCGUUGUGACUGCUUUAGUGACCAAGUUUACCAAGCUGCACUGCUUCCCUCUACUGGAGACGGCACUCUUCUUCUUGAUGUCCUGGAGCACCUUCCUUUUGGCGGAAGCCUGUGGGUUCACAGGCGUUGUGGCUGUCCUGUUCUGCGGGAUCACACAGGCUCAUUACACCUACAACAAUCUGUCGGUGGAAUCAAGAAGUCGAACGAAGCAGCUCUUUGAGGUGUUACACUUCCUGGCAGAGAACUUCAUCUUCUCCUACAUGGGCUUGGCGCUGUUUACCUUCCAGAAGCACGUUUUCAGCCCCGUGUUCAUCAUUGGAGCUUUUGUCGCCAUCUUCCUGGGCAGAGCUGCACACAUCUACCCGCUCUCCUUCUUCCUCAACUUGGGCAGAAGGCAUAAGAUUGGCUGGAACUUUCAACACAUGAUGAUGUUUUCAGGCCUCAGGGGGGCCAUGGCAUUCGCGCUGGCCAUCCGAGACACCGCGUCCUAUGCUCGCCAGAUGAUGUUCACGACCACGCUCCUCAUUGUCUUCUUCACCGUCUGGAUCAUUGGUGGAGGCACGACACCCAUGCUGUCAUGGCUUAACAUAAGAGUUGGCGUCGAGGAGCUGUCCGAAGAGGACCAGAACGAACACCGCUGGCGGUACAUCAGAGUUGGUGUCGAUCCAGACCAGGACCCACCACCCAACAACGACAGCUUUCAAGUCUUACAAGGGGAUGGUCCAGAUUCUGCCAGAGGAAACCGGACGAAGCAGGAGAGUGCCUGGCUAUUCAGGCUGUGGUACAGCUUUGACCACAAUUACCUGAAGCCCAUCCUCACACACAGUGGCCCCCCGUUGACCACCACGCUCCCAGCCUGGUGUGGCCUGCUUGCUCGGUGUCUGACCAGUCCUCAGGUGUACGACAACCAAGAGCCGCUGAGAGAGGAAGACUCGGAUUUCAUCCUGACUGAGGGCGACCUCACCCUGACCUACGGGGACAGCACAGUGACUGCGAACGGCUCCUCAGGCUCCCACACGGCCUCCACGAGCCUCGAGGGCAGCCGGAGAACCAAGAGCAGCUCGGAGGAGGUGCUGGACCGAGCCCUGGGAACAGGAGACCAGCCGGUGUCAAGCCGGGGCACGCGCCUAGUGUUCCCCCUGGAGGAUAACGCAUGACUCGCCGCGUCCCCCCCCGCCCCGCCCCAGCCUGCCGAGAUGGGGGUGCAGUGAGGACGGCUGCAAGCCCCAGGCUUGUCCGACUCGGGGCACUGACUGAGUGGAACUAAUGCUUCUGUUUUAUUGAGGUCUGAAGCUCUCUUAACAUUUAAAGUUUAACCCAAGAGGCAGAGGGUGGGGCUGAAGUGUCUCUCAAUCAAGACAAACGCAGACCUAUUCCCAAUUUUUCACAUAGUAGUGUGCUGUUCAGAGUCAAACAAACAAAUAGCAUGCUUUCACGGUCUAACUCAUUCACCUGCAGAAUCCGAGCAAGCUGUGGCAGGUAUGGGGAGGCCCCCCCAGGAGAGGUUUCAGAUCUGUACACAGCAGCGCAACCCUAGCUGGCCGCAGGAAUAGCGAGGUGGGGGAGGGGCGAGCAGGCCAGACCAACGGUCCCGAAGGAAGGCAGCUGAGAUCGGACCUCCGAAGAUGAUGGGAAGCCAGUGGGCAAGGGGGACAGAACUGAGGAGGAAGCAAUCUGAGCGCGGAGGCCCUAGCACCGAGGGCUGCAGGACCAUGAUCUCACGUGAUCAGGCUUCUGGACAUUCUGCACUACCUGGGUUUCCUGUAGAUUGAAGAUCAGAACUCUAUCCGUGAACAUUUCAACAUGGGGAAAGAAUUAGAAUUCCUUCUCUGGAAAUCUCCAGAAAGAAGUAGCUACUGAAAUGUUUAAAACCAAAGGCAAAAUGGUGUUGUACUGUUGGGUUUUUAAAAUUAAUCCGAGGGCAGGAGAAACUGUUUAGAGACUGAUGACAAAAAUCAGUCAGUUCUUCAGGGCUACCACGGAGAUAUCUACUGCGGGGUUUAGGAAUAACACCAAAAUUUGUGGGAUGCUUCUAUGUGGGGACGAGAGAGCAGCAAGGAGCCUAGGAGGCAAUAGGCUAGUCUUCAGGGGGGGGGGGGUGGAACCACACUGCAAAAAAAUUAACCACAAAACACAGGAUACUGUUCUAAAGACCGAGUAGAAGUCCAAACUUUGAGCUACUAAAUGCAUGAGAUUUCCGUGGCCGGGUGAGGCAUGAGAGGCAAGUCAGUGGAAAAUUGAGCAUUAUUCAGUCCAGUAGACGGUUCCGUCUGCUGUAAGAGUAAGAAUCCAGAUGUCUUAACACUCACUGAGUGCCAUGUAGAGAAGGGUCAUUUUCUUGGUAUCUGGGGAGCCUCGUACCAGCCUAAAGUGUGAGCGUGGUUUGAAAUGUAGGUUCUGAGUUGGGGCUCUCUGUGGGUGAGCUCUUCCACCUACCCACACCUGUGGUAGCUAAAAUACCGAGAGAGCUCUUGGAAACCAAGUUUGAGAUUCUCCCUGUGUCUCUAUGCUUCGGUGCUGGUGUAUUUGAAAACCCAAUCCCUAAAAAAAAAAAAAAAAAAAAAAAA